CAUAGUCUAAACUUCUGUUUACUUAUCUAUAAUAUCCACUGAUUUUCCAGAUAUAAUUUUAUAACAAGGUAUGUGGCAUAAAAGUGAUUAGAAAUCCAGAAACUGUUUCGGGAAUAAAAAGCUAAAUGUGUCACGGUGUUACUGCAAGCAAAUUGUUCAAUUAUUUGCCUUUGGUCAAUCAGUUGCAACCUAGUAUUGGGUGCAGCUGUAUGGUCCUGCUGGUGUUUAUUCCAAGGUUGUUUUGCUUCACCUCAUUCUCCCCUCUCCUUCUCUGCCUUCCAGCAUGCACCUAAUCCAGGUGGACUCUGUUCAGCGAUGGAUGGAAGACCUGAAGCUGAUGACAGACUGUGAAUGUAUGUGCAUUCUCCAGUCCAAGCCCAUCAGCAUUGAGAAGGAUGAACAAAAUGAACUCAUCCUUUCCUCGCAGUACAGCACUUGUGAUAGCUUGCAGCUUCUGCUAAAGAGAGCUUGGAUCAUAAGCACAGAGCUGACCAGGAUUGCUCAGAAGCUGGAGAAGAACAGGUGGCAGAGGGUCCACAGCAUGACAGUGAGAGUCAACUGCCACGUGCGCUCCAUGAUAAACGAGUACAGCACCUUCACCAGGAGCUCUUCAGAAGAAACGCACCAGCUUGAAAAACUUUUAGUAGAAAAGUGUUCAGAAUUUACAGCAUUCACAGAAAGGUGCUUACAGACUGAAGAUGAAGAGAUACUGAAGUCCAUGAAAUCUUGUGUUAAUGAAACACUCACGACCGUUGCCCAAUAUUUUGGCCAGUUGAUAGAGCUGGUUUUAACACAAGAGGCACAGAGCCUGCUGAGGCAGAUAGAGCUCUCGGGCAGCCUGUACGUCACGGAGUUGGCCCUCAGCGGUUUGUUCAGCCUUGCCCAGGAGGGCACUCACCUCUGCCGCAUCAUAGCCAAGGAAGGAGGCGUCGUUGCUCUCUUUAAGAUCUGUCGCCAGGAUUGUUUCAGGUGCCUUUAUCCCCAGACCCUGAGAACGCUGGCAUCAAUUUGCUGUGUAGAGGAAGGGAUGCACCAGCUGGAAAAGGUUGAUGGGAUACUGUGCCUGGCUGACAUCCUCACUGAUACCAGCCAUUCUGAAGCUACUCAUGCAGAAGCAGCAGCAGUAAUUGCCCAGAUCACAUCUCCACAUCUCACGUUCACUCAGCAUCUCAGCAGCUUUCUGGAAAAUAUGGAAGAAAUUGUGACAGCACUUGUCAAACUGUGCCAAGAGGCUUCAUCAGGUGAAGUUUUCCUGCUGGCUUCAGCAGCUCUUGCCAAUAUUACUUUCUUUGAUACUAUGGCUUGUGAAAUAUUGCUCCAGUUAAAUGCAGUGAAGAUUCUCCUAGCGGCGUGCUCAGACAAGCACAUAGUGGAUACUUCUUAUUCCCGGGAUCAGGUGGUAACAAUAUUGGCAAACAUGUCUGUGUUGGACCAGUGUGCUUCAGAAAUCAUUCAAGGAAAUGGCGUUCAGCUUUUAAUGGAAAUGCUCUUUGAGAAAUCCUCCUCAGGAAAUCCAGCAGAAGCUGCAGCUUGUGAGCGAGUCCAGCAGAAAUCUGCGGUUACCCUGGCACGGCUCAGCCGAGAUCCCGAGGUGGCAGACGCCGCCGUGAAACUCAGCUGUAUUCCUCGCCUGAUUAAACUUUGCAGAUCACCAACAGAAAGAAAUAACAGUGAUUCUGUUUUAGUGGCAUGCCUGGCAGCCUUGCGGAGACUAGCAGUUAUGAGCCCUGAUGGACUGGAAGAUUCAGAUUUUCAGCAGCUGGUAAAGCCCAGACUCGUGGAUUCUUUCCUGCUAUGCACAAAUAUGGAAGAGAGCUUUGUAUAAACGGGAGCCAAAAACAUUUGAACAAUAAUGAAGAGGAUAGGUAUGCAGUAAGAUAACACAUGUACAAUUUUGUUUUGGUUUAGUCCUAUUGUUAUUUAUGACUUAUUUAUUCAAAAUCCAUGAACAUGUGGUUUGUCAGAGCAAAGGAACAGAAUGAGAAAACUUGUAACUGUGGUUUACAAAGGUAAU